UCCGAAGGCGCUUAAAAGGCUCCUGGAGGAAUUGCUACGCCCCCGGUGUACGGUCAGCUCCUGGCUCUGUAUCUGCUCCAUAAUGACAUGAAUAACGCCAGAUACCUUUGGAAAAGGAUUCCGCCUGCUAUAAAGUCCGCAAACUCUGAACUUGGGGGAAUUUGGUCUGUGGGACAGAGGAUCUGGCAGAGGGACUUCCCUGGAAUCUACACGACCAUCAACGCUCACCAGUGGUCCGAGACGGUGCAGCCGAUCAUGGAAGCUCUCAGAGAGGCAACACGGAGACGCGCCUUCGCCCUGGUCUCUCAGGCCUAUACCUCGAUCAUCGCCGAUGACUUCGCGGCGUUCGUUGGGCUCCCUGUGGAAGAGGCUGUGAAAGGUAUCUUAGAACAAGGAUGGCAAGCGGACUCCACCACGAGGAUGGUCAUGCCCAAGAAGCCAGUUGCAGGCGCCCUGGAUGUUUCCUUUAACAGGUUUAUUCCUCUAUCAGAGCCCGCCCCGGUCCCACCCAUCCCCAAUGAGCAGCAGCUGGCCCGGCUCACGGACUACGUGGCUUUCCUCGAGAACUGACGCCUCCUGGCCACACUCCACCUCAGAGCCCUGUUUCCCAGCGGACGUCCUUUGUAUUUUCAGUUUAUCGGGUGGAUUGCACACCUCAGCAUCCGUACUAUGUGAUAAAAUGCAGCUGUAACGUAAAGCGUAUUGUAUGUACUUGUCCCUAGACACCGUGCUGAGUGGCUGUGAGACGGUUCUCCUUUGGUAGCUGAUAGUUGGAUGUGGCCAUCAGGGCGAUGGAGUCUAAGUGUGUUCCCAGGACUUGUAGUUGCGACUCGCCUGCCCCGUGCAGCACAGCCUGGCGACCCUCUGUCCCUCCCACACCUGGUGCUCCCAUCUGGGGUUUGAGGAGGGCUGUCCCUGGGGCAUGUCUGAAUGGGGGGUGAUCCCGAUGUACCCCCUUUGGAGACUACGCUCUCUUUUCUCCUCCACUCCCGUGAGCCACUGAUACAGGAUGCUGAGAUCUAGCUGGGGAACUAAAGGUGUUUCCUAGUGAACCGGAUCGUUGACUUGAGGAUCUUCUCUGAGGUGAGGGUGUCCAUUGCUGGCCUGGAGGCCUUGCCCUGAAAAGGGGCCUGAUUUAAGAUGUUCAGGAAGUGUUACGUCGGACUGUUUCUUCUCAGAAGAGGGAGCCUGCGUGCGGGAGGCACUGUGCGGAGGAAGCUAUUGAGAGAAGUGACUCUGCUCCACCGUCCUCAGCCUGCCAGGUGCUGGUUCAUCCCCUGGCUCAGUUCUGCCUUUUGAGAAAUACUGAACGCGUCUCAUUCCUGUGUGACAGCCUCUGGGUGUUUGAAGUUGUUUAUUGUAUCUUCAGGUUAAAACCGCCCCACGUUCAUUUAUUUUGCAUUUGUUCAAUAAAUAUUUAAAAUAUUUAAUUGA